AUGAAUUUAUCAGCAUCUGAAGAAUGUGAAAAGGGUACUGAAAUACGUUAUCCAUUCGAAUCUGCAUGUCAUGUUGAUAUUUUGGGUUCUUCUAAUGGUUUGCUGUGCAUUCUUGUUGGUGAUCAAUAUUUUGAUGAGAAUAUCAUUUGUAUUUGGAAUCCAACAACUAAAGAAUAUAAGAGAGUACCCAAAUCGCCAAAUAAUCAGUUUCCAUGUGAUUUAAUAAUCGAUAAACAUAGAGUUACAUAUGGGUUUUGUUAUGAUUGUAAGAUUGGUGAUUUUAAGUUGAUUAAAGCCGUGGGUUUUGUUGGAGUCACUAGUAGAUGUGGGGUUCAGCUUUAUAAUCUUGGAUCAAACUCAUGGAAUAACACUUAUCAAUUCAUACCUUACUGUUUUCAGUGGUAUAUUAGACGUUCGAGCAUUACCGUUCAUGGAUCUCUUCACUGGUUAGCCAGGCCAGGAGUUGAAAAUAUGCAAAUGCAAAGAAUCCCUGAUGUUAUUGUUUCUUUUGGUAUUUGUGAAGACAGAUUUCAAGACUUGGCAUUGCCAGCAGCCGUGGAAAAUGAGGGUGUAGUAAAAAAACAGCUACUUGGAGCACUAGAUGGGUGUCUUUGUUUAUUUCUCCAACAACCUGGUCGUCGUGUUGAUAUGUGGGUAAUGCGGGAAUAUGGUGUAAAAGAAUCUUGGUCUAUACUUUACACUACUAAUAAUCAGUUGCUUGUACACUAUCCUUUUCGCAUCAAUUCUCUGGUACACUCAUUUGAGAAUGGUGAAAUUCUCUUGGCAAAUUAUGAUCAUAGUUUCAUCUUAUAUAAUCCGAGACAUGAUAAAGCUAAAAAAGUGACGAUUCCUGGUAUUUAUGGAUCGUGCAUAGCAGAGAGUUACGUAACGAGCUUAUUUUCACUCAACUCACGUACUUAUGUUGGGCAAGAUGACCGAAUUCAGGACUUAGCAUAA